CAAGAUAAACAAAAUCACUCAGAUUAAAAUAAUAAUAAUAAUAAUUAGUUAAUGUGAUCACAUACCAACAUCAACAAAUAUUAGUAUUGUGAUAAAUAUUUUUUCCCCCCAUAUUUACAGUUUAAGGGGGAUUUUUUCAGUUUGCGUAAAAAAAAAAAAGUGUUACCAUCAACGAACAUAUUUCUCGUAAAUUGAUGUAUUCAGAGUUCAAAGAAUGUUUUGGAUAUAUCAAUGGAAGAUGUAUGCAUGCAUUCUUACCACAAUUUCACAGCACAGUCACAUACUAACAAACAUUACUUGAGAUGAAAUACUAACUGGUGAAGUCAAAACAGUAAAACACUUUGGUGUUUAUCUGUCACUACGGCUUGAGACAGACCGGGAGAGAAUAUUUUUUCUGCAUGGUUUCCUUCGCUGAGAGGCUGAGACUGUCUCCCUGGGGAUCCCAUCAGAUAGGGGGACUGUGCAAGGAGACAUGUCUAUGUGCAUGCGUGAAGAGUGAGAGAGAGCUAGAGCGAGGGAAAGAGCAUGUGUGUGCACACAGAAAGGAAAGGGGCAGAGUGUGAGUGCGAGCACAGAUGAUGCUGCUUGUGGAAGGAGAUGGUGCUUUUUUUGGUUUUCCUACCUGGGCUAAACGAUUUUCCCUACUAAGGUUUGACCUCUGCGUCCUGUCAGUUUGGCACCUCAGCUUCCCGGAGAGACACAGGACGACAAAGGGAAGUGAGGAGGGUUGUACAGACAGAGGAUAUCAUGUGUGCACUAUAACUAAGGACAAGGAGCAGACAGAGUUGGAGAAGAGGGGUAAUAAGACACAAGGCAGAAGCUGCAGACACCGUCCUUUUAUUAGCCAGAACCGGCAACAAAGACAAAAGAGGUGAAGCCUCUGAAGCCGAGACUCAGCCUCGUUAUUCCUCUGAUUCCAUGUGCCACUGGCAUUGCAUCGAGGGCGAAUAGGAUGUCUGUGUCUGGAAAAAAGGAGUUUGACGUGAAGCAGAUCCUCAGGCUCCGCUGGCGCUGGUUCAGCCACAGUACUCAGACCUCAGCUGGGAAUGGGGGCUACAUCCAACAGGAAGGUUUCGACCACCGGGGAACACCGGUCCGGCUGAAGAGUCACUCCCGGGACAGAGGAGGAUUCCGCAAGAACAACAGCCCUGUGCACAGCAUUCUGGCACCGAAUCCUGGACCCACGCCUGUUAAUGUCAGGCCAGGUGAUCAAUCAUGGCACCAGCAAAACAUCAUCCAGCACCUUCAAGCCAGCGAGGAGCUUCCCAAGAGCAACUCACCUUGCGGUGCCAGGAAGGAGGAGGCGAAGAGCAGCCAUGAGGAUUUGAAGAGCAAUCUGGAGGAACCCUGUGAGGAGGAAGCCACAGACAGGUUGGCUUUAAGCAGUUUCUCUAGGAUGAGCUCCAACUGCUCAGAUGAGUUUUUCCAGGCCACAAACCAUGCGGAACAGACCUUUCGAAAGAUGGAGACCUAUCUUCAGCACAAGCAGCUCUGUGAUGUACUUUUGAUAGCCGGAGAUCACAAAAUCCCCGCACACAGACUUGUCCUGAGCGCAGUUUCGGACUACUUUGCUGCCAUGUUCACCAAUGAUGUGAGGGAGGCAAAACAAGAGGAAAUUAAAAUGGAGGGUGUUGAUCCUGGGGCGUUGCGAGCGCUGGUUCAUUUCGCAUAUACUGGAGUCCUGGAGCUAAAAGAGGAGACGAUUGAAAGUCUUUUAGCUGCUGCUUGUCUCCUCCAGCUCUCACAAGUUAUUCAGGUCUGCUGUAACUUUCUGAUGAAACAACUGCACCCAUCCAACUGCCUGGGGAUCCGUUCGUUUGCUGAUGCUCAGGGAUGCAUGGAUCUUUUGAACGUUGCUCACAACUACACUAUGGAACACUUUCUAGAGGUCAUUCAGAAUCAGGAGUUCCUCUUGCUGCCCACAACGGAAAUUAUCAAGCUUUUGGCCAGUGAUGACAUCAACGUUCCGGAUGAAGAAACGAUUUUCCAAGCCCUGAUGAUGUGGGUUCGCUAUGAUGUGCAGCACCGACAACGGGAUCUGGGAGUGUUGCUGGCAUAUAUACGACUUCCCCUUUUACCGCCACAGCUUCUUGCUGAUUUGGAAAACAAUAAGAUGUUUUCAGAAGACCUGGAAUGCCAGAAGCUCCUGAUGGAAGCCAUGAAGUACCAUCUUUUGCCAGAGCGCCGUCCCAUGCUACAGAGCCCAAGAACCAAACCACGGAAAUCCACUGUUGGAUCGCUCUAUGCUGUUGGACAGGGUUCUACAACAAUAGAGAAAUAUGACCUUCGCACAAACAGAUGGAUCCAAGUUGGUAGCAUGAAUGGGCGAAGACUUCAGUUCGGCGUGGCAGUGAUCGAUAACAAGCUCUAUGUGGUUGGAGGAAGGGAUGGACUCAAGACCUCUAACAUGGUGGAGUGCUACAACCCAGUCACUAAAGUGUGGUCCACCAUGCCACCAAUGUCAACCCACAGACACGGAUUAGGAAUCGCUGUGCUGGAGGGGCCCAUGUAUGCAGUGGGAGGCCAUGACGGAUGGAGCUAUUUGAACACAGUAGAAAGGUGGGACCCCCAGGCGAGGCAGUGGAAUUAUGUGGCCAGCAUGUCCACUCCACGCAGCACCGUCGGAGUCACUGCUCUCAAUGGAAAGUUGUUCGCUGUUGGCGGUCGUGAUGGAAGCUCCUGUCUGCGAUCGAUGGAAUGUUUUGAUCCUCACACCAAUAAAUGGAGUAUGUGUGCACCCAUGUCAAAGAGGAGGGGAGGAGUGGGCGUGGCCACAUAUAACAGUUUCUUGUAUGCAGUCGGAGGACAUGAUGCACCAGCUUCAAACCAUUCCUCACGUCUCUCUGAUUGUGUGGAGAGGUAUGACCCCAAAACAGACACGUGGACCACAGUGUCCUCUCUGAGCGUCCCCCGGGACGCAGUGGGGGUGUGUCUGCUGGGAGACAGGUUAUAUGCAGUCGGAGGAUAUGACGGUCAGACCUACUUAAACAGUGUCGAGUCCUAUGAUGCACAGAACAAUGAAUGGACUGAGGAGGUCCCUCUAAACAUCGGGAGGGCAGGGGCAUGUGUGGUGGUGGUGAAACUGCCUUGAAGGCUCAGAGUCUGAACUGUGACCUCAAGAAGAGGCAACACUUGGAAUGCUCUUUUCAUGUAGUACACAAAGCUCAUCAAAGCUAUCGUCAACACUGGAUUCAUCUCAACAGAUUUAGACAGCCGUGUGUGCUCAGAUAUUCAGCACUAUUACAGACGGGAAUAAAAGGGAAACAAAUUAUGCUUAUAAGAUUUUACUUAAUUAUAGGAGACAUUUUAUAUUAAAAGAGUACUUUUAAAAAAAUGUAUCCAAACAGAAUUUGUGUUACAAUUUUUCAUUUUAAUAUUUACAUGGUGUUAACCUCAUCACAUUUUUGACAUUAUUAUAUCUUUUAACUAUAUGAAAAUCAAAUGUAAUUUUUAAAUCAGCAGCAUACUUGUUUACUUGUGCAGUUUUGUGGGAAAUGUAUUUUGAUCUUAGAUAAAUGAUUUUAAAAGACACUGUGAAUACUUCCAGCUAUACGCUUGCAACAGAACACUUUGGUUUAUGUUUGUGGACACACUCAUGCAGUUCUCAUCUGAAUACAUUUUUUUGGUCCGAGACUAGCUUCAGCACGAAAUUAUUUUAAGAAACUGUCUCUGAAGUAGAAAAAAAGGAGAAAAAAAAGUAAUUAGCACGUAUCAGUAAGUCAUUAAUAAAUUGGUAACAAGGUUUACAGUAGAAAAUAUAUUAUAUCAUAUUGAUAUUUCACCUUUAUGUAAAAGUUUUGUAAUUUGUAUUGUACAUAGUUCCUGGUGCUGUGUAAUUUAUUCUCAUACUGUACUGGCAUGCUACUUCUAUGUUUGAAUGCCAUUAUUAAAUAUUUUAAAAAGA